CAAAACAGUACUCACCUGCCACGAAUCGAUGUCACAGCUCUUUAUAUAGAUAGCUGGUAAGUUCGGUAGGUAUUUCGAUCAAGUUGCUUAGCAAACCUCCCAGGGAAGCUUGUCCUUCUGGCUUCGGCUUUCGCCAUUUCUUCCAUCUCUCCUUCUCUCCUCCUUCACUCUCCCCACUCCAGCAUCCAACAAUGGCACCGCGAGUAUCAAUCCGCAUCAGCCUCCGCUGGCUACCCGAUACCGCCUCCGAACCCACAGAUACCCUCGUCUUCGGCGUCGGCGCCUACUACCUCGACUUGCGAGUCCUCAAAUCCAACAACUCUAUAGACUGGGCACUGGCAGGCGAACGACAAGUGAUAUCCACAGAUCCCAUGAAAGUCCGCUUCAACAAAACCCUCGACUCCCUAAACAUGACUGAACCAGACGAAGGCGACUUCACAAAACUCCCAAACGGCGAUGAUUUCGAGACAGGCAAGAUGCCGUGUCCUGAGCGAGGGAUGCAAGUCACGGAAUAUGAGGAGGUGUGGAGACAGAUACUGCCUGUGCCUGGACCGAGGAGGGCAUGGAUACUUGAGAGUGCUGGUGAGGGGAGGAAGGUUUUCUUGGGGAGGAUUGGGGGAGGAUAUAUUGCCAUGGGUGACAAGAAGGGAGAAACUUUUGGCGCGAGGAGGGAAGAGUGGGAUAAGGUGAGGAAGAGCUGGGAGUUGAAAUACAAGAUUGGUGAUGUGGAAGAUGUUCCUUCUGUUGCUGAUCUCGGGGCUGAAGGUUUCGAGGGCGAGGCAGAUUGGAAUAUGGGGGAUACGGUGAUUGUUCUUGGGAGAGGAUACCUGGUACGAGCUUUCGAGCUCCUCGAGUGA